AUCAACGCUUUAACUGAAAAACUCCCUGCAGCCAAAGAAGAUUUUGAGAGAUGUAUGGAAAUCAACCCAUCAUUUGUGCCAGCUAAAGUUCAGCUGGCAUUUUGUAUUUAUAAAACAGCAAUGAUGCAACAGUCUGCCUUGUUGCUGCAAGGAGCGAAACGGAUGUUCAACGAUAUUAUUUCAAGUCACCCGAAGCACGCCGAUGCAUAUAGCUUGUUUGCUCAGGUAUUUAUUAUUCUCUUUGCCGUAGAGAUUAUGGAAGAAUAGAGUUGCCAUUGCUGGAAAAAUCGAGGGACAAAUUGAAGGCAAAUAACGCUCUGUGAUUGGCUAAAAUCUCGUUCCCCGGAUGUAAAUUCUCAUUCCUGGAUGCAAAGCCGCGAUGUUUGGGAGGAGCGGGAAAAUAGUACAACUUUGAAAACAUCAAUUUUUUCCAGUUUUAACAUAGUUCAAGCAAAGACUAAAAGCUCAAAAUCAACAAGAAUAUUAUGAAUAUACCUGGACUUUAAUACAAAUGUUUUGUAUCGUUUUAUAUCGAUAAUUAAUUUUCCGUUUUAUAUCGUGGAAAAUGAUGAAGUCACGAAGAAUAUUUCUUCGUGACUUCAUCAUUUUCCACGAUAUAAAACGGAAAAUCCUCAAUUUUUCGACUGUUGAUAAAACCAGGUUUGCAUGGUUUGCAAUACUUGAGUUGGGAAGGUGAGAAAAUGAUUUCUUGGUUUUACGUGGGUAUAACUCAAAUUCAGAGGUAAAAUGGCCCUGGGUACGAGGUUGACUCAAAUGUGCCCCCCAUUAACAAGCUUCAGUUUGUCCCUUUCGUUUGCCUGAACUUUUCCCGCAAUGCCCACUCUAUUCCUUUAUAAUCUCUAUCGGGUUUGCAUCUUUUGUAUUCAAAAUUUCACAAACAAAUGGACGAGUAAGAUAAAAUUUUGUCCCCGAGCCGGCGGCGCGAAGCACCGUGCGAGAGCACUAAUUCCGCACGGCUAAUUAUACCCGGAUAUGUGAAAACAUAGCGGAGUGCAAAGUUGUCCUCCUUUUUGUUUAUGUCUUGGACGGUUUUCCACGUUAUGCACAUGCGCGAGUACAAAUUCUGUCGAAAUGCUGUUUUACAGCAAUUUUUUGUUUUAAAUUUCGUUAAAAAGUUUACAAAAGUACAACACGGGUUUUUUCCUCGAUUUUAACUUUAUUGACUUUGACUUAUUGACUUUAUUAAAAACGGUACUAUUUCACCAAGAUAUUUACAAACAUUAAGACGGGUGAUCUUCCAAUAGGCCGUAUAUAGCUAUACUAAUUACACAUAUACUACAGUAUCUAAUAAUAAUAACUAAAUUACACACAAAUUACACACUUACAGUUAGACUAUUUUUAAAUGUAGAGAUACUUGUUUUAGCUUUUAUGUCAGCAGACAGAUUAUUCCAAGUCUCAGCUCCUCGAUAGGCGAAAGACUUUUUCAUAAAAUUAGUUUUAGGUUUAGGUAAUGCAAAAUUGAAUUCGCUCUGUCUUGUAUUGUAAUUAUGUAUUUCAUUUGAGGUGAUGAAAAGUUCCGUUUAGCAAUUUGGUAACAUGUUAUGUUUGGCUUUGAACAUUAGGACGGCUAAAUGAUGUUUUCUUCUAGUCACGAGAUUUGGAAAACCGACCUUGUUCAAAACAUCGAUUGUACGUGUAUCAUAGUUUUCACGAGUUAUUAUUCGAAAUGCUCUAUUUUGAAGCUUCUGGAGUUUAUCAGAUAGUACUUUACCCAGACAACCCCAAAUCUGUGAGCAAUAGUCGAAAUGUGGUUGAAUUAUUGAUAAAUAAAUUUUGAUCAGUGUUUGGUAAUCUAGAAUGUCUCUCAAUCUUUUAAGGAUACUGAGACCUGAAUUAACCUUUUUUUGUAAUUUGAUCAACUUGAGCAUUCCAUGAGAGUGUUUCGUCAAUCAUUAAGCCGAGUGAUUUGGUCGUUUUGACUCUAUUAAUUUCUCUGUCUUUUAUGAAUAUAUUAGGCGUUAUGUUAAUAUGAUUGACUCUUCUAUUACUACCUAUUAUCAUGUAUUCUGUCUUCGUUUUGUUUAAAGUUAGUUUAUUUGCCGACAACCAAACUGAAACGUUUUCUAGAUCUUGAUUAAGUUCCUCAGCAAUUGUAUUAACAUCAUAACCUGCCGUUUCAAUUUGGGUAUCGUCGGCAAACAUAUUGACUUUAGUGUGUUCCAGACAAUUAGGUAGGUCAUUUAUGUAAAUUAGGAACAAGAGUGGACCAAGAGCCGAACCUUGUGGUAUACCCGUUGUCACACAUAGAGGAUCAGAUAAAUGGGCAUUCACUUGGCAAUAUUGUAUUCGACCUGUUAAAUAGGAGUUGAGCCAGCGUAAUGCCGACCCCCUUAUGCCAUAAAUUGCCAACUUACUAAGAAGGAUGUCGUGAUUAACAGUAUCGAAUGCUUUUUUUUAAAUCAAGAAAUAUCACACCAUUAAGUUGGCCAAUGUCCAUAUUCUGAUACCAUCUAUUUGUGAUAUCGAGCAACAUAAGCCUGCAGUUUCAUGAAUUAGUGGCUGUUCGACCGUGAAACAAAGUUUGUAUAACAAUUGUUUUGAUGUUGAUGUCUUUGAUAAUUUAAUCGUUGUGCCGGUUUGUGCUCUCUCCUCCGCAGAGCCUCCUUAAGUAUUUACAAAUAACUUACAUGAAGUUUCCUGAAUAAAAGUGGGCGCGCGUGGUGUGAUGGGAAGAUUGAAAUGAAGUUGGGGAGGCUCUGCCAGAUAAUGCGACGAAGUAUCGUUUUUGAACCAAACUAGCUGUUUGACCUUUUUUAAGCUUGAAAUCGACGGAAAUGUGAAAGAAAUUGAAAUGAAUCUUCAUAAUCUGAGUAUCGAAGUUCAAUAGAGUCAUUUUUAUAAAGAAAUGUUGCAAUUAAGAGGAUAUUUAUAAUUAGAUAGCUCGUAUCCAUUGAUAUUCGUUUGCAAUUUCUCAAUAUUUUUCGAUGCAAAUGGACGGAAGAAGAUAUUGAUAUUUAAUUCACCCCAGGAUACUCGAGUACGCCUGAAAAUGAAAGUCGAAAACAUGUUUUAAUUAACACCCUCGAUGGUUGAUCGAACUUCGCUACAAACGAUUAUAUACGACGCCAUAUUGAUUGCAUUAACUCGCAGAGGCUUCCUUUAUUUAGCUCUUCCCAUCACUCCUUGCGCGCUCACUUUUCCCUCACUAGAAACUUCAUGUAAGCCUCUGCGGAGGAGAGAGCCGGUUUGGGUAAGUGUAAACAUUUCAGCAGUAAAAUUCCAUGCCGGACUUGCUUUGUGUUGUCGGUUUUAUUCAUAUCUGCGAAAUUUUUAAGCCAUUCUUAACUCGAUAAUUCACUUUAAUGCAAGCUGAAAUGCAUGAAAUUGCAGUGAAUGUUAUCGUACUUUCAUUAUAAAGCUAGCGCAUCAGUUGUGUUUUUAUGUUUGUUUAUAAUCAGGUCUUAAUACUUUAUGUGGAGUUUGUAUACCUCAUCUGUUAAGAAAGGCGAGGGGUUGCUGCAUGCAUGUAUUUUCUAGUUAAAUUCUAUAUAUUACGUAUUGUGCAUAGGUCUACAUAUUGUUGUGGGAAAUUUUAGUUAAACCAAGAAAUGCAAGACUUCGAACCUGCCAGUAAGAACUUUGAUACCGCUAUCUCACUAGAGCCAAAUAAUCCUGUUCACUACGUUUACAAGGCGUAAGUAUUUGUUAAACAUUUUUAGUGAUUCUAUAUUGCCAUGCACAGUGGUGCUCCUUCUGUUUUGUCUUGCACCAGUACCGUUAAUUUCAGGGGGGUAAUUUAAGGCUACAGGACACCCUUUUUGGCGUUUUGCGAAAAAUCGCUACUGCGCGCUCAAAAUCCGUCCGAUUUUCAUCAAAUUUUCACCAAAUUUUCACCAAAUGUUAGCCAGUGCAUGCAAAAUAUGGUAAAGUUGUAAAAUUGACAAACAAAAUAAUGUAAGAAUUAUUCAGGAAAAUCUUAAAUCGUGGUACCUUUACGCUUUUGAGUUAACACUCAAAGGUGUUCUGUAACCUUAACUCCCAGUGGAGUUAUUUUGAACCAAAUUUAACCGCUCCAGAUGUGGAGUAAAAAUUGGGUUCAAAAUAACUCCAGUUAAAUUAACUGUAAUGACAAGCUUCCGUUGGUAGGGAUCCAACUACCUGAAAAUAUAUAAGCAGAAUUUCUACGUUUCAAUUUCGUCUCCAGACGAAGAAUUGGCAACCAUACCUACACUGCAUGGCAGAGACAGUUUACGUUAAAUUAGUAACUCCCUGAAAUUAACAGUGCACUCCUAAAUUAAAUAUGCUUCCACCAGAAUAGAAUGGUAUGGUAUGGUAUUGUAUGGUAUGGUAUGGAAAAUGGUAUGGAAAAUGGUAUGGUAUGGUACAAAAUAUUGCAAAAUAAUUUCGAUGCAUCUUGUAUAUUAUGCAAUCGUAAUCCAUGCUUUCUUAACAAAACUCUUUUGAUUUGUUAAUUAACAUAAAUUCAUACGAGCGACAAAAACAGGAGAAAAUAGACUAUUCAGUAUAUUUGAAAUAUUUGCAAUAAAUAUUGUACUCAUCUUUGUUAUAUAGAUUGUUGGUUUGCCAGUGGAAACGAGAUAUCCAACAGGCGAUGGAUCUUUUAAAGAAAGCAGUCACUCUUGAUCCUAAAUGUGACUUUGCGUUUGAAACUUUAGCCACGUUACAAGUUCAGAGGUAGCCUUUAUUACAUCCUUAGUUUUCGUUCAUAUUGUGAUACAAUACUGUAAAUCUCACAGUCGGGCUUUUUAUAUGAUCACACAUGUAUGUUAGAGAAACAUUACUCACCAGCAAAAAGGUGCAUGGAAUUUUUCUGGGAACCUACGAUAUUUAGUGUUAAAUUUUCUUUAAGAUUUUAAAAUACCUUAAAUAUGAGCCAGUGUUGGUGAACAUUGGUGAACCUUGCGUUUGGCUAGUCUGGGUAAUUGGCAAGUACACGCUCUGAAAUUUAGAAACACGCCCGAAAUCUUAAAUCAUAUAUUACGAAAGUCACCGAACUGUGGAAUCGCAUCAAAAAUUCGUAUAUCGACCACUCCCACAAACGUCUACGACCGCGCCUACAUCGCAUGUUUACAAUUCUAAUUUUAAACAGCCAAUCAGGUUCUUGGUAACAAUUACAAUUAAACGUCGAUGUAGGCGCGGUCGUAGACGUUUGUGGGAGUGGUCGAUAUACGAAUUUUUGAUGCGAUUCCACAGUUCGGUGACUUUCGUAAUGGCUACAGUCGUGACAAUGGAAGUGUAAAAUAUUCAGCCAAUUCAUUUGCUCACACGAACCAGUUCAUUUGAGACGUCUGACCUAUUUUCCGCAACUUCGUACAUACAGUAUGUAUUUGAUCAUUUCUGCUCGCUUCCUGCCUCUUUAUGAUUGGUCAAUUGCACCAAAACCAAAGGUGAUUGUGCAUUCAACAGGAAGUUUAUCAAUUACACGGCAAGUUAUCAAAUCAGCAAAUGAAUUGGUUCAUGUGAGCAAAUUAAUAUACCUUUUGCUUAAUGACGUCACAAGGCUUGAUGCCCGCGAAGAUUGCUGGUCUUAGUAGUCAUCGCCCGGGAAAAUUUCAAUAGUGGCCAUUUUGAAUUGUUUAAUUUUCCCGGGCGAUGACUAUUAAGACCAGAUUCCUCGCGGGCAUCAAGCCUUGUGAGGUCAUUAUGCAUAAGGUCUAUUGGUAGAAUAUUGAGGAACACUUGCAUCGUGGCGACUGUAAGACCUAUAGGGUUCGCAAAUCUCUCUUAGUUUUUCUUCGACUGUUCGCAACAUUUACCAGCAAAAAUGAACAACUCGACAAAUUUCCAUCUUUCUUUCAGUGGGGACUUCAAAGAAGCGAUCGAGAACUUUGAUAAAGCUCUUCAAAAUGUAAGAAGUGAAAGUGAAAUGGCGCAUACUUUCUCAAUCCGACAAGCAGCUCUGGCUCAGGAAUAUGUGACCAAAGUAAUAGGACUAAUCCCGCCAAGGCUGUUCUGA